AAGAAGUCAAUUAUCAAGUCUUGUGUGGCCUCGUUGGAACUGCCUACGUGGCGUGAGCUGCCAAGUCGACUCUUCCUAGUCCGUAGCUCCUUGGCAGAUUGGCCUCCGAGACGCGGCACUUAUUCAGGUGCUUAAGAGCCGCACAUGCAAAUGCCUCUACCAGUGUCUCCCUCUCAGCUGACGCCUUGACUCCGCCUUCUUGUCGUGACAACGUCCUUGACCGUUUGGCCUGGCGUGAGGUUACCACAUCACACCAUCUCGGGUGGUGAGAGCCCUCACAGUCUAGGCUCAGCUAUUCCGAUCUACUUCUUCCCCCAAGAGGCCGCGACAAGCUGUGGGCAAUGGAGCCAAAGGGGCGGUCGUGGCAGAAGUCGUUUGGGACACCACGAUGGAUGCCAAAGGCCAACUUCAUUACUCUUCACUACUUAUACAUCAUUGUGGUCGGUCUCUCUGGCCUUCUCAUCUUGCUCCCAUACGGCAACAUAUCGGCCAUUGAUGCGUACUUUUUCGGAGUGAGUGCCUCAACAGAAUCAGGCCUGAACACCAUUGAUUUGAAAGAAUUGGCGACAUACCAACAAGUCUACACCUAUCUCAUUGCUAUGAUAACAAAUCUUACUUUCAUCAACAUUGCGGUAGUAGUCGUGAGACUGCACUGGUUCAGGAAAAAGCUCAAGACCCUGGCACCGAUUCUACUUAAAUCGGAAGGCCACGAGGCAGACGGAGGAAACCCAAGCCAUGCUGACUCUGAGUCCGACCUGGAUCUUCGCCCGGCGGUCACUGAGCCCGCCAGAAAACCCCCACCUUCACUCGCAGGAGGGGAUAACAAGUCAUUGCAUUUGGUCAAGACCGACAGCCCGAGGCGUAUCACAUUUGCCCUCGACGUCCACCGCACUCCUGAAUCAAAGCCGCUUUACAUUCCAGGGCCAAGAGAUCGCGAUAAUGGCCAUCCUAUUGUCGAACGAGACAUCCUUGACGAGGCGGAUGAUGCCGAAGACGCCGUCGGGAUGGCCCCAAGAACCAACGAGCCCAAAAGCGGCGUCGUCAGGCGACGUACCUGGGGGGCAGACGGCCCAGGGAGCUCCCCAGCCCUUUCCAAGGCAAUAUCCAUCGAAAGGGUUGCAACGACAGUCGGAACAGUGUUCGUACUGGGCAAGACGCGUGCCGGGGUUGCCCGCCAACCUCCCGCACCGCCUCGGCCCCCCGCCACCGGGCUGCCAAUGCUGCUUUCGAAGCAGGUCACGAUCGGGCGCAACUCGCAAUUUCUGAAUUUGACAUCGUCAGAUAGGGAGAGGCUUGGAGGUAUCGAAUACCGAGCUCUAAAAGUGCUGUUGAAGAUUGUGGUCUCAUACGCCGUUUUCCUCAACAUACUCGGGGUAGUCAGCUUGGUUCCCUGGAUCCAUCGCGCGCCUCAGAAAUACCGGGACUGGCUCGACGUGAAUGCUAUCGACUACUCCUGGUGGGGCAUUUACUCUGCCCAAACAAUGGCGAAUAACUUAGGUUUCACGCUUACGCCGGAUUCAAUGGUGACUUUCCGUGACGCUACCUGGCCCAUGCUUAUCAUGACGUUCCUUGCAUUUGCAGGCAAUACUUGCUAUCCGAUUUUCCUUCGCCUCGUCGUCUGGACCAUGUUCAAGCUCGUUCCCUCUCGGUCGUCCUUGAAAGAGACACUCCGAUUCUUGCUCGACCACCCACGAAGAUGUUACACCUUGCUCUUUCCGAGUCGCGCGACGUGGAUCCUGUUCGGCAUUGUCGUCUUCCUUAACCUCGCGGACGUUGUGCUUAUCAUCGCUUUAGAUCUAAACAACCCUGCGGUGAAUGAUCUUUCUCUUGGGCCCAGGAUCUUAUCAUCUCUCUUCCAGGCAGCGUCGGCCCGCCACACCGGGACUGCAACUUAUGUGCUUUCGCAGGUGAAUCCAGCUGUGCAGUUCAGCCUAUUGGUAAUGAUGUACAUUUCAGUGUUGCCAAUAGCAAUCAGUAUACGCGCGUCGAAUACUUAUGAAGAGAAGAGCCUGGGAAUUUAUCUGCCCGACGAGGAGGAGCCUGACGAGGGCCAAGGGACGACGUCGUACAUCCUUGCACAUGUCCGGAACCAGCUGAGUUUUGACUUGUGGUAUAUAUUCCUGGGAGUGUUUUGUAUUUGUAUUGCUGAGGCAGAUAAGAUCAUGGAGCCGGAUCAGACGGCUUUCCAGGUCUUUCCCAUCCUGUUCGAAGUCAUGUCCGCCUACGGGUGUGUCGGUCUGUCCCUUGGCCAUCCUUCGGUAAUGACCUCGCUCUGUGGACAAUUCACUACUUUUAGCAAAGUCAUCAUUUGCUUGAUGAUGUUACGAGGCCGACACCGAGGAUUGCCGUAUUCUCUCGACCGAGCCAUCAUGCUCCCUAGCGAGCAGUUGAAUGAGCGCGGUGGGCUCUCCAGGACAACAUCUCAGCAAAGUGCAGGCAAACCUAGCUCUCUCGGGUUUCGACGCAGGAGUAGCGGGACCGCAAGGAUGAUACCCAUGAAAACACACCAUACACAGUGA